CCUAGCUUAUUUAUUACCUUUAAAUAUCAAAAAUUUCUUUUUAACAGAGAAAGUAAUAAAGCAAAGCAUUGAAGCAGAGAAGAGGAAAAAAAGCACUGUCUUUGAUACAUUACUCUCUCUCUCUCUCUCGUUGUCACAUAUCAGACAACUCUAUAAAUCGCAGCCAUUCACAUCCAUCUUUCAAGAUUCUCUCUCUCUCUGUAAAAAUGGAAAAACCAGUGCUUCCACCAUGGCGUUCCGACCCAAUUUUCCGGCCACCGGAGACACCAUUAGAGCCGAUGGAGUUUCUCUCUCGCUCUUGGAGUGUUUCAGCUCACGAAGUCUCCAAAGCUCUCACUCCUUCUCAGCAAAUCCUCUCUAAGAAUACAAUCGAAAGCACCACCGUCAUUCUCGAAGAAGAACAACCCAUCACCGCCGGCGAGACUGAAACGGAGGAGAACAGUUUCGUCUCCGGAAACCCUUUCUCCUUCGCUUGCUCCGAAACUUCUCAGAUGGUCAUGGAUCGUAUCUUAUCUCAGUCUCAGGAAGUGUCGCCACGAACAUCUGGUCGGCUUUCUCAUAGCAGCGGUCCUCUCAAUGGUUCUUUAACCGACAGUCCUCCGAUUUCACCGCAUGAAGUCGACGACAUUAAGCAAUUUUGUCGAUCAAACAAUAACUUCAACUCUCAAUUCCGUUCAACGGGAACAACUCCGGGACCUAUAACGGCAACAACUACACAGUCCAAGACGGUUGGACGGUGGUUGAAAGACCGGAGGGAGAAAAAGAAGGAAGAGACUAGGGCACACAAUGCUCAGAUACAUGCUGCUGUAUCCGUUGCUGGUGUGGCAGCUGCGGUGGCUGCUAUCGCGGCUGCAACCGCUGCUUCGUCGAGCUCUGGGAAAGAUGAGAAUAUGGCUAAAACGGAUAUGGCUGUGGCUUCUGCUGCAACACUUGUGGCUGCUCAAUGUGUGGAGGCUGCUGAAGUUAUGGGAGCUGAGAGGGAUCAUUUAGCUUCUGUUGUUAGUUCUGCUGUUAAUGUUCGAUCCGCCGGAGAUAUCAUGACAUUAACUGCUGGAGCAGCUACAGCGUUAAGAGGAGUGGCUACAUUGAAGGCGAGGGCGAUGAAGGAGGUGUGGAACAUUGCAUCAGUUAUUCCAAUGGAUAAAGGAAUCAAUCCCGGAGGUUGCAGCAAUGUUAAUGGUAACGGUAAUGGUAGCAAUGUCAGCUCAAGCAGCAGUCACAGUGGCGAAUUUCUAGUUGAGGAUAAUUUCUUGGGACAUUGCAACAGAGAAUGGCUUGCUCGAGGUGGCCAGCUUCUUAAACGUACCCGCAAAGGUGAUCUUCAUUGGAAAAUAGUUUCUGUUUACAUAAAUAGGCUAAAUCAAGUUAUAUUGAAGAUGAAGAGCAGGCAUGUAGGAGGGACCUUCACAAAGAAGAACAAAAAUGUUGUGAUUGAUGUGAUCAAAAACAUUCCGGCUUGGCCAGGCCGCCAUUUGCUGGAAGGAGGAGAGGAUUUGAGAUACUUUGGGUUAAAGACGGUUCCGCGAGGGAUUGUAGAAUUUGAGUGCAAGAGUGAGAGAGAGUAUGAAAUGUGGACACAAGGUGUCUCAAGGCUUCUUGCUGUUGCUGCCGAGAGGAAUAACAGAUAUAGGAUAUGAAGGAGUAGUUUAAGAGUUAAGUUUGGGGGUAAUAUGUAACUUAUGGGGCCAAUUAACAACUUCAAGAAAGAUUAGGGGGCUUUUAAGAGUAAUGUCUUUUUGGUAAGGUAUAUGUAUAUUAUAUAGGGUGAAAUGGGCCAUCUAUAGGGUGGCUGAUUAAACAAAUCUUGGUGUUUGUAAUUUUGGUUUUGUAAAAAAUGGUUUAGUUUCUAAGUU